UGUUACAUUCAGUAACACUGAAUGUCAGUGCAGUCCGAUUUACAGGCUGGAGCAGAAGCUGCAUCCUGCAUUUCCCCGAAGUAUUACAUGAUUUUCACUCCUUGCAAACUUUACUAUCUUUGUUGCAGAGAAUCGGAAAUCAAUAUGCGUAGCAAAGUCACAAUCAUAUGCAUCAGAUUUCUCUUUUGGUUUCUUUUGCUCUGCAUGCUUAUUGGGAAGUCACAUACUGAAGAUGACAUCAUAAUUGCAACAGAGAAUGGAAAAGUCAGAGGGAUGAACUUGACAGUUCUUGGUGGCACGGUAACAGCCUUUCUUGGAAUUCCCUAUGCACAGCCACCUCUUGGUAGACUUCGAUUCAAAAAGCCACAGUCUCUGACCAAGUGGUCUGAUAUUUGGAAUGCCACAAAAUAUGCAAAUUCUUGCUAUCAGAACAUAGAUCAAAGUUUUCCAGGCUUCCAUGGAUCAGAGAUGUGGAACCCAAACACUGACCUCAGUGAAGACUGUUUAUAUCUAAAUGUAUGGAUUCCAGCACCUAAACCAAAAAAUGCCACUGUAUUGAUAUGGAUUUAUGGUGGUGGUUUUCAAACUGGAACAUCAUCUUUACAUGUUUAUGAUGGCAAGUUUCUGGCUCGGGUUGAAAGAGUUAUUGUAGUGUCAAUGAACUAUAGGGUGGGUGCCCUAGGAUUCUUAGUUUUACCAGGAAAUCCUGAGGCUCCAGGGAACAUGGGUUUAUUUGAUCAACAGUUGGCUCUUCAGUGGGUUCAAAAAAAUAUAGCAGCCUUUGGUGGAAAUCCUAAAAGUGUAACUCUCUUUGGAGAAAGUGCAGGAGCAGCUUCAGUUAGCCUGCAUUUGCUUUCUCCUGGAAGCCAUUCAUUGUUCACCAGAGCCAUUCUGCAAAGUGGAUCCUCUAAUGCCCCUUGGGCGGUAAUAUCUCUUUAUGAAGCUAGGAACAGAACGUUGACUUUAGCUAAAUUGACUGGUUGCUCUAGAGAGAAUGAGACUGAAAUAAUCAAGUGUCUUAGAAAUAAAGAUCCCCAAGAAAUUCUUCUGAAUGAAGCAUUUGUUGUCCCCUAUGGGACUCUUUUGUCAGUAAACUUUGGUCCGACCGUGGAUGGUGAUUUUCUCACUGACAUGCCAGACAUAUUACUUGAACUUGGACAAUUUAAAAAAACCCAGAUUUUGGUGGGUGUUAAUAAAGAUGAAGGGACAGCUUUUUUAGUCUAUGGUGCUCCUGGCUUCAGCAAAGAUAACAAUAGUAUCAUAACUAGAAAAGAAUUUCAGGAAGGUUUAAAAAUAUUUUUUCCAGGAGUGAGUGAGUUUGGAAAGGAAUCCAUCCUUUUUCAUUACACAGACUGGGUAGAUGAUCAGAGACCUGAAAACUACCGUGAGGCCUUGGAUGAUGUUGUUGGGGAUUAUAAUAUCAUAUGCCCUGCCUUGGAGUUCACCAAGAAGUUCUCAGAAUGGGGAAAUAAUGCCUUUUUCUACUAUUUUGAACACCGAUCCUCCAAACUUCCGUGGCCAGAAUGGAUGGGAGUGAUGCAUGGCUAUGAAAUUGAAUUUGUCUUUGGUUUACCUCUGGAAAGAAGAGAUAAUUACACAAAAGCUGAGGAAAUUUUGAGUAGAUCCCUAGUGAAACGUUGGGCAAAUUUUGCAAAAUAUGGGAAUCCAAAUGGGACUCAGAACAAUAGCACAAGAUGGCCUGUCUUCAAAAGCACUGAACAAAAAUAUCUAACCUUGAAUACAGAGUCAACAAGAAUAAUGACGAAACUACGUGCUCAACAAUGCCGAUUCUGGACAUUAUUUUUUCCAAAAGUCUUGGAAAUGACAGAGCCUAUAUGCUGCUGCUGUGAGCCAGGAACUGCACUAGCAGCUAGAGCUGCACAGAUGAAAAUGACAGGGUCUGCUUACUCACAGUGAAGUGGAGUCAGGGCCCAGGACCAUGGAAAGCUUUUAAGAAGAGAAGAUACCUGCACUGAAUCUCAAUAUGAAGGCAAAGUGGAGAGAAGCCAGAUAAGCAGGAACCAGAGAUGAAGUGUCUUGUGCAUCAUGCUAAGGAAUUUAAAUUAUAUCCUAAGUAAAGCCAUUUAGUAAUUUUAAAUGAGAAACUGACAUGUUCUGGUUAUUGAUUCAUAAAUGUAUAAGCUUUUACUAUAUUCAGGAGUUUUUUUUUUUUACCUUUGUCUUCUUAGAGUCUAGACUUUAAGAAUAUUAUAUGGCAUCAACAUAAUAAUUUCAUUUCUGAGGUAGGGUCUUUCUUCCAAAUAGCUGCUUUUGUUUGCUAGUUCAUUCGCAUCAGGAAUAUAUUCACUUAUCUUAAUUUAUUUUAUUUUAUUUAUGCUUUAAAAAUUAUUCUAAACUUGCUUUUUCUUGUUUUAGUGUAAAAGUAUUUACUAGUAAAUUUGCCUCUGAAUGCAAAUUUGGAAAUAUCAUCUAUGUUUGCAUAAACAGUUGACUCUGGAAAAACAACCUGGGGGUUAGGGGCACCAACCCCUGGACAGUUGAAAAUCUGUCUGUAACUCUUGAAUCCCCCAAAAUUUAACUACUGAUUAAGUUGACUAAUUAAGCCUACUUGACUGGACCUUACCAAUAACAUAAACAUUUGAUUAACAUAUUUUAUGAAUAAUAUUUGUAUUAUAUGCUAUAUUAUUAUAAUAAAGUAAGCUAGUGUAAAGAAAAUGAAAAUCAUAAGAGAGAAAAUAUAUUUACUAUUUAUUGAGCGGAAGUUGAUCAUCACAAAGGUUUUCAUACUUGUCAUCUUCACAUUGAGUAGGCUGAGGAGUAGGAGGAGGGGAAAUGGAGCUGUUGGUCUUGCUGUCUCUGGAGUGACAGUGGUGGAAGAAAAUCCACAUAUAAGUGGACUUGUGCAGUUCAGACUCAUGUUGUUCAAGGUCAACUGUGUGUAUAUUUUUUACCUUUUCUUUUAAACAUUUGUACUUGCAAAUUUGCUUUGCCCUUGCACACAGAGAUCUGCUUUGGAGAAACUUGUUUUUAAUAUCUCUAUACAUAUGUGUACAUUAUAAAUAUUGAGAAACUAUCUUAAGUAUUAGAUAAUCUUUUUAGCUGAUAUGUCUAUUUGAUCAUUCAAAAUCUUGACAUAAAUUUUUAUUUUGUAAACAUAGAUAAUACAGUUCCCUAUUUUACAUAUUUAUAUAUUUAUUAAAUACAAAUUUUAUAAGCUUUA